CAGAACAGAAGGUACGGUACUGUGGCAUAAUGUAGUUCACCUCCUUGGUAAUGAGACAUCGAUAGCAGCGCAUGUUUUUCACACGGUGAAUGGCUUUUUAUUUUAUGCAAGAAGUUUGCGCAGAAUAGUAACGUUUAUGAUAUCGUUUUUUUAAACACUGUCCCGCAGGGUUGAACUUUUCAGAAGUGUAUUUUUUGUCCUUCGUUUUUUCCGAUUUAUGGAUGGAAUUUAUUGACAACAGACAAUAAUCCUGCGUGCUUCUUUUAUUCAUGUGUGUGUGCUGGUGACCGGUUACCAUGGAGAAGCAGGCGGUGCAGAGGGCCAGGGAGGCUUUCCUCGCUGGGAGGUCGCGACCCCAGGAGUUCAGAGUUCAGCAGCUCAAGUCUCUCCAGAGGAUGAUCACAGACAGACAGGGAGAGAUCGCCACCGCCCUCAGACAGGACAUCAACAGGAGCCAGUACGACACCCUGCUGUUUGAGUUGAUCGGCCUGGAGAAUGAGAUCAGCCUGGCUGUGUCGAAGCUGGCCCAGUGGGCUGCUCCUCGGCCUGUAGAGAGGAACCUCCUCACCAUCUCAGACCAGGCGUACAUCCAGCCGGAGCCCCUGGGAGUGGUCCUCAUUAUCGGGGCCUGGAACUACCCCUGGGCCCUAACCCUGCAGCCCCUGGUCGGGGCUAUCGCUGCAGGCAAUGCAGCUGUGGUGAAGCCGUCUGAGCUGAGUGUAUACUCAGCUAGUCUCCUCAAAGCUCUGCUCCCACGAUAUCUGGACCAGGAGCUGUACCCUGUAGUGUGUGGGGGCGUGUCAGAGACCCAGGAGUUGCUGCGUCAGCGUUUCGACCACGUCUUCUACACAGGGAACAGCACUGUGGGUAAACUGGUGAUGGAGGCAGCAGCCCGACACCUCACCCCCGUGACCCUGGAGCUGGGGGGGAAGAGCCCCUGUUACAUCGAUAAGGACGUCGAUCUCAGAGUCGCAUGCCGGCGUAUCACGUGGGGGAAGUUUGUGAACUGUGGUCAGACGUGCAUCGCCCCAGACUACAUCCUGUGUGAACCCAGCAUCCAGAACAGAGUGGUGGAGGGCAUCCGGCAGACACUACUGGAGUUUUAUGGGCCUGACCCCAAAUCCUCCCCUGACUACGGCCGCAUCAUCAACCAGCGCCACUUCAACCGCUUGAUGACUCUACUGGAGGGCUACACGGCAACAGUAGGGGGGCAGAGUGACUCAUCACAGCGCUAUAUUGCCCCCACGGUGGUGAAGGACGUGCCCCCCCAGGCUAGGCUGAUGCAGGAGGAGAUCUUCGGGCCCCUGUUGCCCAUAGUGACCGUCAGCGACAUAGAUGAAGCCAUCCACUUCAUCAACGAGAGAGAGAAGCCCCUGGCGCUCUACGUCUUCUCCUCCAACAAGAAGGUGAUACAAGACAUCCCUCUCUCUGUCUCUGUCCAUAAGGUGAUAAAGCGAAUGCUGGCUGAGACUACCAGUGGUGGGGUGACAGUCAACGACGUUAUUAUGCACUACACCCUCAACUCUCUGCCCUUUGGGGGUGUAGGUCAGAGUGGAACAGGAAGGUAUCAUGGGAAGCACACCUUUGACCAGUUCAGCCAUCAUCGGGCGUGUCUGGUCAAGUCCCUGGGCAUGGAGGAGGUCCACAUGGUGCGGUAUCCACCCCAGAACCACCAGAAGGUUCGCAGGGUCAGGCUGGCCAUGAGGACCCCACUGGUUGACUUCUCCAAGGGCACCUACAUCUGGGCCGUCACGGCGUCCAUUGUGGCUCUGGGACUCCUGGUCGCCCUGACUGUGAUUCUAAUACUAGCGGCCGGUGUCAGCUGCACCUGUUUGUGAUUGAUGGAUAGACACAGUGAAGUUAAGGUUGCACAUUUAGGUAACUUCCCCAAAAUCUACCGGCAUUCCAGAAAUCCUUAUUGGAGGAUUUCGUAUUUCCUGCUUCUUCCCUUAUGAUUCCGGGAAUCUUCCUACCUUUCUCAGGAAAAACUGGUAAUUUUGGGAAAGAGUAGAGACACCAAUACAUUAUUGUCAAGGUAUUAUGUGAGUUUCUUUAGUCUGUACCAUCCAUGUCUUCAUUUAAAAAAAUACUUCUGUUGUAUGAAUUUGUAUCAAAUUAAUGUUUAAUUUUUUUAACGGCAUUAUAUAAUACUAUUCAUGAAGUUAUAUCACUUAACUACAGUUAAAAAGAUGAAGUAGGCUAAUCAAUGAACUACUGUAUGGAAAACCAGGUUUUUAGAGCAAAGUAGGCCUUAAUGUUCCGCACACAUAAAACGUUGACGCAUAUGCCCCAGUGUUAGAGAAAUGUUGUUUGCCUCUUUCCUUUUGAAGUGGAUGGUGGUGGUAGUAGAGGGGUAAAAUGGCUGCUCGUAAAAUGCAACGGUCAUCUGUUGUUUUUAAUUCUCCUGCUGCACCUGGAAACCCUAUCUGGCUCGUACAAUAACGUCAAUUCAAUGUAAUUCAAUGUGCCUUUGUGUCGUCUCCGAAUACACCCAUAUGACACACUAUUCCCGAUUCAGUGCACUACUUUUGAACAGCGCCCAUAGAGCUCUAGUCAAAAGUAGUGCACUACAUAUACUGAAAAUAGCAUACCAUAUGGGACAGACAUACCAUACAAUAUAGACUUGAGUGUACAAAACAUUAGGAACACCUGCUCUUUCCAUGACACAGACUGACCAGGUGAAUCCAGGUGAAAACUAUGAUCCCUUAUUGAUGUCACCUGUUAAAUCCACUUCAAAUCAGUGUAGAUGAAGAGGAGGAGACAUGUUAAAAGAAGGAUUUUUAAGCCUUGAGAUAAUUGAGACAUGGAUUGGUAUGUGUGCCAUUCAGAGGGCGUAACAAAAGAUUUAACUGCCUUUGAACAGAGAAUGGUAGUAGGUGCCAAGAGCACCGGAUUGUGUCAAGAACUGCAACGUUGCUAGGCUUUUCUUUGGGACUGAGUCAGAGGGUAGCGUGUCUUUGGGACUGAGUUGGAGGGUAGCGUGUCCUUGGGACUGAGUCAGAGGGUAGCGUGUCUUUGGGACUGAGUUGGAGGGUAGUGUGUCUUUGGGACUGAGUUGGAGGGUAGCGUGUCCUUGGGACUGAG